CCGAAAACUCACUUCCAAACUCCCUGCCGGCUCUUGUUCCCAGACCGUCCUCUCCUGUGACCCAGGAUGUCCCAGGGUGUUGAAGUAUGGUCUCCCAGGACGGAUCAGGACCUGCAUCAGAGGAUCAUGGUGUGUUUGCAGGAAUCCAGUCGGAAGUCAGCCAUCUGUCUUGCUCAGGAGCUACAUCAGCCAAAAGCAACCGUCCAGCGCUGUUUGUAUCAGUUGGAGAGACAAGGGCAGAUAAAGAAGGCAGAUGACAAGCACUGGAUGUUGUGUGGAUUAACCGCGGACGAUACAACUCCCACACCUCCCUCGCUCGUGCCAGUGAACACAAUGGCGGGUCCUGUUGUGAGCCACAAUGGAAAUAGCCUUGGUCCACUCGAGCAGGACAUUCUCAUUCAGCUGUCAUCUCGGGGGUCCGCUACUGCCCUGCAGCUCGCCAAGUUCAUGGGCAAGGAAUCCAAGAAAUCCGUCAACCCAUCGCUGUACGCCCUCAAGAGGCAAGGCCUGGUCAGGCAGGAUGGUGUGACAUGGAGCAUCCUACCAGCAAGGGAAGGAGAUUCCGCAGGCAGCGGUCGGACAAGUGAGUGGCCGAAAACACCGACCGACAGAGCAGAGCCCCGUGUCCAGAUGAACAACUACCAUUAUUCCAUCACCUACCACAUUGGCGACCAGAUCACCAACAUCCAACAGCACGGGGUCACCAGCAAUAACAUCACCGGUGGUGCCCACGGUAACUGCUACGUCCAAGUGGGCUCCCAAAACACCAUGACUGGCAGAAGAGAUGCCGGGCAACGGGGUGAGGAGAGACCCACUGCAGGCGGUUUGAAAACUGUCGCUACUGAGUCCCAGGAGGGAGGAGUCUCAGAGACUGGUGGUACUGAAUCCCAGGAGGGAGGAGUCUCAGAGACUGGUGGUACUGAGCCCCAGGAGGGAGGAGUCUCAGAGACUGGUGGUACUGAGGCCAAGGAGGGAGAAGUCUCGGGCACAGGCACUGCGUUUCACAUCGACAUCAUCGCUGACCAGCUCUCUGGUCUUCAGAUUGGGAACAGCAACCAGAUGAAGUUCUGGUCUGACCCUGUGAACGAGGAUCCUGUGAGUGAUGGUUCUUCAAGUGAAGAUCCCUUUUUUGAGAAUACUGAGGAAGAAUGAAAACUCCCAUCAUGGUGGGUUUGGGGAGUUGAGGUGCUUCGCCUGGUGUCGGGAGAACACGGGGUCCCAAAUGGAAUAGGUUUCUGAUAUUUUAUCCCCCUCCGAGGUAACCCUGUCCAAACUGGCUUUCCUGAGUCAUCUGGGUCACGUCUUCAAUCUGCUGAGCGAAGACUAUGCUUUAAUCUGAGAGGACACAAACCCAGAAAUUGCUGGAAACACUCAGCCUCUCCUGGAGAGAAAUCAGUGUUAACAUUUUGGGGAUGACCUUUCCUCAGACCUGAGGGCAGAGAGAUGGCAGCAGCACUACGGCAGAAACACGUUUACUGGAACAGUCUGAGUUGUGUGCAAUAUUUUAACCAGUUAGGAAAGGGAUGCAGAAACACAUAGCAUAGAGUUCGUGAUUACUGAACUGGGGGAAAAAAAUGGUAUGGAAUUGUUUAUUUGUAACUGUUUAUCUGUAAU